UUUACACAGAAUAAAUACUUUGUAAAUUGAGAAUCAUAGUAAUAAUUCAUUUAGGCAUAUAUAAAUUUUAAUCUAGUAAAUAAUGAUACUACAAAAUUUAUAAAAGUAAAGUGAAUAAAUUGUAUAUAUCAUAUUUCAAAUUUUUAUCUACUCUGACAUCUUUAACAGAAAAUUAUUAAAAUGAUAAUACCUAUUAAACGUGAUCAAGAUGUACAAGAGUGGGCUAUAGUGGAAUUAAAAGGUGAAUUAACGUUUGGUACAAAAGAUAUUACAAAUAGUCAUUAUAUAGGCGAUUUUCAUUUUACAAAAUCUGGAACUCCAAUGCUUAUAAUUGGUGUUCAUGUAAUGUAUGGAAAAGAGAUGGCUCUUACAAAACCUAUUGCAGUUUUAAAAAAAAAAGCUGUCACUUCAACCAAUCAGUCAAAAGAAGAAGAUCGUAAAACUGAAUAUACUAUUCAAGCAAUUGUAAAUAAAAAAAUUGUUUUUAAGUUUAGACCUAAGCCUAUCGUAAAUAGCAUAGAAAUAUAAAAGAAUGUUUUGAAAAUGGUCAUGCAUAAAAAGAAUUUCUAAGACAUUA